GGGACAAUGCGCUGGCCGGCUGCUCGCGUGUGAUGGCGGUUGACGGGCGGGUGAAUGAAUCCUCCGGGCGGCCGAGGGAGGAGGAAGAAGGGGCCGCCGAGAUCGCCGUCUGAGGACAGCCAGAAGGUCUCUCUGCACAAGCGGAACCUGUAUUACUUCUCCUACCCGCUCAUCGCCGUCUUCACCUUCUUGCGCUUCCUCGCCUUCCACCUCUGGCUCUUCUUCGCCUAUGUCUGUCACCGCCUGGCUGAAAUGGCAUCGCGGAAGACAGUGGCGGUGGAGGAGCGGGCGUGCGAGCCGGGCAGCGAGCCCGAGCGGGUCCGCCUGUACCACAAGCAGGCCUUCGAGUACAUCUCCGCCGCACUCAGGAUCGACGAGGAUGACAAAGCAGGACAGAAGGAUAAAGCUGUUGAGUGGUACCAGAAGGGGAUUGAUGAACUGGAGAAAGGAAUUGCAGUCCAGAUCACUAAACCAGGUGAACAAUUUGAUCGAGCCAGGCGGUUGCAGGCUAAGAUGACCACAAAUCUGUUGAUGGCCAAAGACCGUCUAAAGCUCCUGGAGCAGAUGCUAGCAUGCUCGCUUGUUUCCAAGCCUGAGAGGGAGGUCUGUAGAGACAGCACAGCCCUGCCGUGCCCUAGCGCGCGGCUCCAGUCAGAAAGUGGAGCUGUUCCAAAGAAAAGGGAUCCUUUAACUCAAAGUAAUUCCCUUCCUCGUUCAAAGUACACAACAAAAAUUAGUUCACCAGGACAACUUGGCCAUCACAGGACCCAGAGCCAUGGAGGAAUAUCUAAUCUUUCAAGCACCUCACGACCGCAUGCUCAGCCCAGUACGUCUACUGCUAAGACAUUUUCUACAAAAAACACCCCUCGACCAAGCAACAAGCCGCCCACUCCUGUUUCAACUCCACGAAAGAAAAAGGAUUUGAAAAAUUUCCGAAAUGUUGACAGCAAGUUGGCAAAUCUAAUCCUGAAUGAAGUUGUGGACAGUGCACAAUCUGUCCGAUUUGAUGAUAUUGCUGGACAAGAGUUAGCUAAACAGGCUUUGCAAGAGAUUGUCAUUCUUCCAUCUCUUAGACCAGAGUUAUUUACCGGACUAAGAGCUCCUGCUCGUGGAUUGCUGCUGUUUGGGCCUCCAGGAAAUGGGAAAACCAUGCUGGCCAAAGCUGUAGCCUCUGAAUCCAAUUCAACAUUCUUUAAUAUCAGCGCAGCGACUCUGACUUCCAAAUACGUUGGAGAGGGAGAAAAAUUAGUGAGAGCGCUUUUUUCAGUAGCUCGAGAAUUGCAACCAUCAAUCAUUUUUAUUGAUGAAGUUGACAGUCUAUUAUGCGAGAGAAGAGAAGGAGAACAUGAUGCAAGUAGACGUUUAAAAACAGAGUUUUUAAUAGAAUUUGAUGGGGUGCAGUCUAGUGGAGAUGAUCGUGUUUUAGUUAUGGGAGCAACAAAUAGGCCGCAGGAACUUGAUGAUGCUGUCCUCAGGCGGUUUACAAAGAGGGUGUACGUCUCACUACCAAAUGAAAAUACACGAUUAACGCUGCUUACAAAUCUUUUGGCCAAACAUAGGAAUCCACUUUGCCAUAGAGACCUUUUGCAACUGGCAAAAAUUUCUGAUGGGUAUUCAGGGAGUGAUCUAACUGCACUGGCUAAAGAUGCUGCAUUGGGUCCAAUCCGAGAACUGAAACCAGAAGAAGUGAAGAAUAUGGCUGCUAGUGAGGUCCGAAGUAUCCAACUGUCUGAUUUUAAGGAUUCUCUAAAGAAGAUCAAACGUAGUGUGAGCCCUCAGACUCUGGAGGGGUAUCUCCGCUGGAACAGGGAAUAUGGAGAUACGGCCGCAACCUUGUGAGACUAGCAGCUUCAUUCAUUGCUGUGUGGACUUGCCAUUGUCAAAGAACAGUUACACCCACUGUCAGCCACAAAUGGCACCACCUCCUCUGGCCUUCAAUACCGCAUCCAAAGUUGUUACAUUACAGGUUUGGACAUGAAAUCAGCGGAACUAAAGCCUAUAGAAAGUAUAGCAAAAGAAUGCUCUAUGUGACGCGCCGUAUCCUUUAUAAUGCAUUUUUUUUACAGACCACUUGGUCUAUGUGACGGCUUCUUAGACACGAUGUGUGGUCGAUGAAGGUCGGGGAAGGCAAGUACUGGGGUCUGACUGCUUUAAACAAAAUACUCAUCUGUAUAUUUUGUUUCAGCUGCAAACAGUUUAUGUUCCGAGUGUACAGAGUAGAAGCACAACUGUAGAAAGAUUGGUGCCUUAAGUUUACAGUGUUUGCAUGUCCUAUUGUGUUUGGUCCUCUGAAUCUAGUCACUAAUCCAAUGUAAAUGGCAGUGACCAGAAAUGUGCAUUUAUGUCCCAUCAUUUAUCACUUCAGACAUCGGUUUUUAAUGUGCCAAAUAAAAUUCUGGUAAUGCACUCACUAAAAAAAUUCUUUAAAAGAAAAGAGUUUGGAGUGUUUAUCUGCUUUACAGAAACACGUCUUUUCCUAAUGUCAAGCAGCUGGUCUCUUGAUUUACUGAUCAGCCCAUGAAUAAAGGUUCUAAUUCUGCCUCUGCCAAUGGCUCAGUAUGGCAGGUAGAUCUGGUACAAAUGUUUAUUAAACUCUUUAACAAAUUGUACUUUUGGGGAUGUACUGAGUUUGAAACUUCAUUUAAAACUUUUGCAUAAUUCAGAAUAUUUUUCUAUUAUGUUCUAUAAUUUAUCAGUGAUUGUAUAAAAUAGCCAUUUGAGGAUCAAGUUUGGGAAUGAAUGACCUUCUUUCACAGUAAUUCAGAGGUGUACAUAUAUAAUGAGCCUUCCUUAGAACCUUCUCUUAAAACUGCUACAGCAGUUAUAUUGCUGAAUACAUUUUGUACAUAUAUCAGAGGUUUAGAGAACAUCGUAAUGGCGUUAAAGUGCUUUCUUGUUGCUAUUUAAUGGCAUUUGGUAGUAAAAUAUGACUUUGAUUUCAUGAAAGGGACUUUGUCAUUGUUCCAGGUUUCUGACAUUUCAGGCAUUUUAAAUGCUCACAUUUGAUUUUCUGGACUUUGGGACCAAGUCUCAGUCCUUCAUAAGUCUUCAGUCCUGUUGCCUAUAAAACAUACAUUUUACAUUUUGAGAGUCAAACCACAAACACUUCAAAUCAUUUUUUUUACAAAAAUGUAAUUGCAAGAAAAGCUUUUCCAUGGGACUUGGAUCUAUGCAGCCAGAUGUAUGAACAAACCAGGAGGUUCAUAGGUUUUUUUUUCCCGAAGAAGGUUUAAGAAAUGAUCUUUGUACCAGCUCUACCUCGUAUAUGCCUGUCUUAUUUUGUAGCUCCUUGUUUUCUCAGCUUGUGCAUCCAUCCUCUUUCUACCUUAGACAUCCAGGCCUGGGUGCAGUUGCAUCCUUUCUGAGACACCCAAAUAUAGGAGUGGAAAUUCCACGUGAGUUUAGAUUUACUUUAUUAUCUGAGCAUUUCAGGAUGUCCAGAUUCAGGCAAAUUCUUAAUUGCAAUCUUAAUUUUGAAGCCGGUUUUCUAUGAAGUUCUUUAAGAAAACCCAAAAAUUCUAAAUGCUCUGAAAUGGUAAGAAAAGAGUAAAUUCCCAAACUCUUAGUAAGAAUAAAUCUGGAUCCAGGUGGAAUUGUUCCCUUGCAGUGUGUGCUUACCCACUAGAAGUCUCUGUGCUGUUCCACCGCAUGGCUUGUGAAAUAUUAUGGUGCUGUUGAGACUGACCACAGUGAUUGAAUGAAUGGUGUCCUGGAAUUCAGAGAACACUGAAAUAUUAAUUAACCUGGUUAAUAGUUGUACCUUCACAAUUAGUUUAAUCUGUGCUUUUAAAAUAUUAAGGCACACUUCAGUGCAACUUUCUAAUGAUACUUUUAAUUUUUUUUACUGCGUCACAAAAAUCUCAGCCAUUUUUCCCCCAAUAACCGUGAAGCUUAACCAGCAAAAAGCAAUUAAGUGAAUUUGUGGAUUCUUUCUAACUUUUGAUAAAUUUUGAUUAGAUUUUAACAACAUUUGUAAAUUGGUGAAUUGAUUUGAUGUGAAUAGAGCGUUUAGACAUGGCUUACUGAAGUGCAUGGCAUUCAGGGGAAGCAGUUUUUUUGGAUUACUUUAAUGCUGUAUAUUUCUAAACGCCUGGUACCCCUAAAACUUGGUUUAGAAAAUAUACAGUUCAUGUAUCAGUAAGUACUGUAUUGUACUUUUUGCCGCCUCCCUUUUUUCUUGUUUUUGUAUCAAUGUGCAUGGAUACGUUCUUGGUUCCUUUCUGUUUUAAAUGUCUAAUAUAUUGAUGAAUAAAAGUUUUAAUUUGAA